GAAGUUUGCGGAAUUAAAAUAAAAUAUGCACAUCGCGAGGAAUAUAUAAUAGAACAUAUCGAAAUGACCUCGCCACGAAACAGGGUCAGACUCUCACCGCUCAGCGAUAAAACUUGGCUUAGAAAGUCUUUUCACCCCUUCCGCUCAUUACUCGUGUUCCGCGAGUGCCGCUCUGGAGCAAGGAGCAUCUCCUAUCUCACUUAUGCAAUUUAGCGGCCUGGUAUGCUCUCCUCAUUUCUACUCGACGUGAAUUUUCGCAAUUUUUUCCGCCGUGAGGUCGUAAAAUAAAAAUAUCGAGAGAAACACCUCGAUGCAGUCCUACUUCUUCGACCGUUCGGAAUCAUCCGCAUUCACGCGGGUAAUAGAGAUUUGCUUAUUAACGUCCGCGUUUCUGUGUAACAUUAGCGAGAUGCAAAAAUCACGGUCCGAGCUUUCAUGACUUUCGCGAUUGUGAUAAACUCGCAAUUUCUCGUACAUAAUCCGAAUCUCCGCGUACAUAAUCGCGAUGAGGAAAAUGAAAGAAAAAAGCAAGAUCAAAAAGGAAGCGGUAGUAAAAGGAGAUAACGAGAGAUGCGUUACUUUCUCCGAUCGAUCGUCAUUAAUUCUCGCUUGAGAAAACGUUCGUGGAAACCGAGAUCGUUCGCGUUGGCGUCACGCGCCGAGUUCGAGACGCUGCUGGAACUAAACGUCGUCGUCGCCGCGCUCGCACGGUCAACGACAAUCGGCGCGCCGGCGACGAUUAAGGGAACAGCGAUUAAGAAAUAAGAAUCUCCCGCGUUUCCAUGUUCACGCUUUUUAGAGGAGUCAUGCCGCGAGUUGCACUCGCGAGCGUUAAAGUCGCGGUGCGCCGCGCUGAAUGGUUUAGUCUUAGGCACCUCGCGAUGGAAACAACUGUCUUGGUCAGCUAUCAUCGUCGCCCGUGCUAGUCGUCCACCCUUUCAGACGCCCUUCAGCACUGAUCACCCGCUUGGAGACUCAGAGACGAAAUCUUCGGAGGAUCCUUUGAAUGAACCUUUGGAGAAACAAGAGAUGAUGCGGCUGCGUCGAGUUCUCGAACGUCAUUUCCUCCUCCUGUUUUAUCUUCUAAUCAUCAAUCUUGUCUACGCGAGUAGCGUUGAGGUGUCCGAAGUCCCGGAAGCCGAGAAUAAGGAUUUCCAUGAUGCGACCCUCUUGGGGAACCAACAACAUUCGGUUCCCGAAGCGACGACACCGUCGGAGUUAGCCGACGUCGCCGAUACUGACCGAAGACUGACGUCGCCGACUGUCGUCGAGCCCGUUGUCGAUCGUCCAGAAAAUAAGUCUGACAUUUUCCGACCCAGUGUGCACCUAGGCGCGAUCGAGGAACCAGUUGCUCGAGUAAGCAAUCCCUUCAACGGCGUGCAGCAUGUGAGGUUCGAGGACGGCGCGCAGCCCUUCAUUGCGGUGCAGCGCGAGCGGUCUCAGGACGUUGGGGACGUGUACCGGGACAUGCCUGGUCUGUUGGACGAAGCGACGCGUUCGAGCAGAAUCCGGUUCCAGGACGAGGUCGCGGCGCCAACGCCAGCUCAUCAUCUCGAUGAUCGGCAGGUCGGAGUGACCGAGAGCGCGUUAAGGACGCCACUCGAGGGACUCGCUGCCAUGGGUCACGUGUACGUCGAUCAGUCGUUCUUCCAGGACGUCGAGAGACCCGUGGAGACACAUGAUGCACCGAUUAUCCUUGGGAAGACGAUGGGUGAUCACCGGUUGAACGGCGCGUAUCUGGAACCUACCACGACUCCGUACAUCAUCAGCUAUUAUGCUGCGCAGAAUCAGGAACAGCAUCAGGAGCAAGCUCGACCGGCGUCGCACGAGAUUGUGUUCCAGGUGCCGAUUCGCAGACCUGCGGAUAACGACGGUGUGUUGCUACUGCAGCAACAGGAGUCUAUUUACACGAGAAAGCACAAGUUCCCUUAUCAGUUCUAUCAGCCGACGAGCAGUGGCGAGCAUCAUGGGGCGCAGUUCACGGAGGAGCAUCAACACUCGACGAUGGUUCAUCCGCGGACGAGAAGGAUGUCGCCUUGGAAGAAGAUCGCUCGCCUGAUCGGCACCUUUUUGCCAUUGGGUCUACUGCUGGCGACGUUGACGCCUAACGUAGUGCGGAUCACUAACACGACAACCCAGCCAAACAUCAUCCUCUCUAAGUUUCGGGUUGCCGACCUGCCGAUCGAACACAAACGAGGUCGCAUGCUCAACGAUCAUUCCGAGGUCUGUGAGGACCGAUCGAUCUGCGAAUUGAUCCUGGCCGGUGGCGAGCCGCAGUCCGACAUCCUGCAGAACAUCCUGUGGAACUUGGCUACGAGAACUCCGGACCACGUCGCAAAGAGAAAUGGUCUUCGGGAGGUGUUCAGCGCCGUGAAGAAAAAAGACUGCACGACAAUCAGUUGUUAAUUUAAUUGGCCACUUAGGAAACGUAGAAACCAGCUUUACAGCCACAUGAAGCCAAGCUCGCUCUUCUGUUCAUUUAUUUAUCGCGUCAAUGUUCUCACAAAUUAUGCAAAUUCGUCUUCGACUUCGUUAAAUAACAAGAGCCGAUAAAACACCUUUUAAGUACAAAAACCGAUAAAACACCUUUAGAGACAUCAAAAUCAACCCGUAUCAUAAGUACUAUCGUAUAUCAAUGAUAUUCCAAUCCACUCUACGACGCAUAUAAUCACGCCGAAUGAAUAAUAUCCCCGUUACAUCAACUAGUUGGUCUCGGAUUAAGAAAAUUAUGUUCAACAGAAAAAAAUCUCAGUUGAUCUUGCCACCGUAGUCUAGCUUUAACCGCACGUGACGUCACGUUAUGUAAUUCAGCGAUAAUUCUUAAUAAAAAAAUAUACGAUUGUCAAA